AUGCCAUUAUCCAUUACUCCACCAUUCCUCAGCUAUCCAUUACUCCACUAUGCCUCAGCUAUCCAUUACUCCACUAUGCCUCAGCUAUCCAUUACUCCACCAUGCCUCAGCUAUCCAUUAAUCCACCAUGCCUCAGCUCAUCCACCAUGCUCCACCAUGCCUCAAUCCACUCCUCCAUGCCCCCUCAGCUCCAUUACUCCACCAUGCCUCAGCUGCCAUUAUUCCACCAUGCCCGUCAGCUAUCCAUUACUCCACCAUGCCCUCAGCUAUCCAUUACUCCACCAUGCCUCAGCUAUCCAUUACCCACCAUGCCUCCCAGCCAUCCAUUACUCCACCAUGCCUCAGCUAUCCAUUACUCCACCAUGCCCCAGCUAUCCAUUACUCCACCAUGCCUCAGCUAUCCAUUACUCCACCAUGCCCCAGCUAUCCAUUACUCCACCAUGCCUCAGCUAUCCAUUACCCACCAUACCCAGCUAUCCAUUACUCCACCAUGCCUCAGCUAUCCAUUAUUCCACCAUGCCUCAGCUAUCCAUUAAUCCCACCAUGCCUCAGCUAUCCAUUACUCCACCAUGGCUCAGCUAUCCAUUAAUCCACCAUGCCCUCAGCUAUCCAUUACUCCACCAUGACUCAGCUAUCCAUUACUCCACCAUGCCCUCAGCUAUCCAUUACCCACCAUGCCUCAACUAUCCAUUACCUCCACUAUGCCUACAGCUAUCCAUUACUCCACCAUGCCUCAGCUAUUCAUUACUCCACCAUGCCUCAGGUAUCCAUUACUCCACCAUGCCUCAGCUAUCCAUUAAUCACCAUGACUCAAUUAAUCCACCAUGCCCAGCCAUCCAUUAA